CUCGGCGCGCGCACCAUGGCGGGCCCGGCGUCCCGACGACGGCUGGCCGCGCUCGCCCUGGUCCUGGCGCUGGCCGCGGGGCUCCGCGCAGCCGGGCCCGGGCAGACGCCGCGCCCCGCCGAGCGGGGGCCCCCGGUGCGGCUCUUCACGGAGGAGGAGCUGGCCCGCUACGGCGGGGACGAGGAAGAUCAGCCCAUCUACAUGGCAGUCAAAGGGGUGGUGUUUGAUGUCACUUCGGGAAAGGAGUUCUAUGGACGAGGAGCCCCCUACAACGCCUUGACCGGGAAGGACUCCACCAGAGGGGUAGCCAAGAUGUCCCUGGAUCCUGCAGACCUCACCCAUGACACUACGGGCCUCACGGCCGAGGAGCUGCAGUCCCUGGAUGACGUCUUCACCAGAGUGUACAAAGCCAAAUAUCCCAUCGUCGGCUACACGGCCCGGAGAAUUCUCAAUGAGGACGGCAGCCCCAACCUGGACUUCAAGCCUGAAGACCAGCCCCAUUUUGACAUAAAGGACGAGUUCUGACGUCCCGUCUGCCGGACCACGUUCUUGCGAGGGUGCGGCAGGGAGACACUCAGGGCAAAAUCCCCUGAAGAAGAGGCUGCUUGAGCCUCUGGUCACCAGCCCCGAAUAAAGCAGACGUUUAGCCCGGAUCGCUGAGCGCCCCCAUUGCCCUUGGGCAGGUGCUCUGCCCCCCUGCCUGCACAGCAGCCAGCUGGGAAUAGCAGCCGAGGGGACACCUCCUAGGUGUCAUCGUGGGCGUCGGGGGUGGAGCAAUUACGAGUGACCUUUAUUUCUUCUUUAUAUUGCUCUCUACUUGCCAAGUUUUCAACAGUGACCGUGUUUACGUUAGCAUAAACACCAAAAUAAACCUGCUGGUCUCA